UAGUCGUCUUGUUCAUUCCCCUGCCCGUUGCACCUGCAGCGCAACGUGAUUCUACCACCCAUCCAUCUCUCUCCUUCUCGUCUACAACUGGCCCUUAACUUACGCAUCCGCCGCCCUACAUUUUACAAUUACCUCCUGCCUCCUAUUUUCUCAUUCUUCACCAUCUAAACCGUCGUUCUUUUCCUCCCCCCGCCAUUCAUCUUCGGUUGGAGGGUGGCUACCAGUUGCCUCGUGGUAGCCACUGUUUUUAUUUACGUACACGACAAUAUACAUGCGAUCACAUCACUAUAUUUAACGACGUGCCCCAUUUCCUCGACGUGAAUGUCACGAACGCUGUCUACGAGUUCCCUCAUAUUGUUAUCAUCGAAUUUAAUAAUACGCGCCACCCCAACCGAUCAAUCGAAAUAUUAAUCACGAUCCUACGAGAUAAUUGUUCCCAUUUUCACAUACUGUGUUUAAUAACCGCGCGGCAAUGAUUUGACUAGUUCCAGAGGUCUAGUGAAAUUAACGUUCAUGUGGAUUUACAAAAGAAAAAGAACGGUCAUGAAUGCAUUUAUUUGAUUGAAAUUGGCACAUUGCGGCGGAUCAAGAAGGAAUGAUAGGCCUCGGCUUCUAGUGGAAUUGACGCGCUAUCCAAAAUUCGCAAUGUUGCCGUUCAAUUCCAGCAGUCGCAAUAUGGGAGCUGACCCAAAGACACCUGAGCCCUCAGCUGUCGAUGAGGAGUUGCACCAGCCGUCCCCUCCACGACCAAGAUUGAGACUAAAGAGACGUCAUGUACCUCAACAUUUGAAUGCGCCAACUCAGCACUUUUUAGCUUCUGUUGCAGCCGCAGAUGUACCAGUUCCAAGUAUCGAGGUGCAGGUAGACGACUCAGACAGCAUGGAGAUCUACGAGCACUUGAGCUUACGGACAUUCUCUCCCCCCAAAACUCCUGCUGUCGAGGUUGUACCGUCUUCGGAAACCAAGUACCCCAACUGGUCUGUUGGUUCGGAAUGGAGUUGCUCAGAUAUUGAGUCAAGUCCAGAAUAUGAGUCUAGUAGACCAUCAACGGCAUUUUCCACUCAGACCAGCGCCUCACUGUUUAGCCAAUUGUCACAUGCUUCUGAGGAUGAUGACUUCGCUAACCCGGAAUUCAACCCUCCAGAGUGUUCUGGUUUGAAGCCGCAUUCUAAUAUAAAAGUAACGCAUGAGGAGAGGUCGCGAAAAGCACCCUGGACUAAGGCCAUGGACUCGCAUUUAUGGUCAACAUACAUGCUCUAUCUACAAGAUCCGCGAGUCACUCCGAUUCGCCUUGGUAGGAGUCGCAUUCCUCCUAGUGGGGUGUGUCUACGUGUAGCCAGAGAAGCUAAAAGAAGCUGGAAGGGUUCGAGAGCGCAUUUAACAGCAGAUAUGAAAAGUGGUAGCAAUACGCCUACAGCAGAGUCUCCAAAGCCGUAUAUGGAAUGGCCUCAUACCUGUGCUGCUACCCGAGCUCAUCUACGUGAGCUUUGUAGAAUCAUGGCUACUGCUAGCCCGGGGAAAUACAAGUCUCCAAGUCCUACUCCCUUCCACAAGGCAGCCCAUCGUCGUUGGAACCGAAAAUAUCUAUCGGCUACAUCACCAUCGGUAUUUUCUGCCCAUGACAUGGCAUUCUCUUUGGCAGUGAGCACAUCAGAUACCAUGAGGCCCGAGGCUCCCUUGGCCCAACUCACGAGCUCCGAAGCCGAACCUUUGCUGGAUCCCGCAGUCAAUAUAAGGCCAGAGAUGGUAACGCCUGAACGAGAAUUACCAUCUGCCGAUAUUCCCCAUCUCCCAUCCCCGGUACUGGCUAAGAGCUACGGACCUAGCUCAUCCUCGUCUCUUGCUGAUGGUAUUAACUUGCCACGACAGUCAAAUACAUUAGAUUCACGGAAGCUACUCAAAUCGCCGGUUCGUCUCACUAGGUCACGCUCCGGCACCCAGAAACGUCGGUCAGUAAAGAGCCUAGAGGAAUUACCGCGAAAGCGGCCAAGUAUAUCGACUGCCUUUUGGAAGGCGUCUGAGGAUUCAGAUAAUCCGACUCGGUCUCGAGAUUCGAAGAGGCGUGACCAGAGCGAGGUUUUGUCCGGUCAGAAGACUCACUGUAGAUCGUUUUCUGCCUUUUCUGCGCCACGUAAUGAGGACCCCUUCGUUAUAUCGACCCCAUCCGAAAACUCAGAUAUGCAGCCACGCCGCUUGGGGUCUCCGUUUUCCGGCGCAGGCUCCAGUCACAGCUUCCCUAAUAGAUUAUCAACACCCAUCAACUUUAACUUAACGGCUUUGCGUCGACCUUUUGCGACGGUACAGCAACCAAACCAGGGACGUUCAGGGACGCAAUCCCCUCCAAGGUCCUCUCUAGCGUCUCGUCUGGCCUAUCUUGACCAACGCUUAAGGGAAAUUCGAAACCGCAGCGGUGAUCGCAGACGUUCCCAGUCACCCCUCUAGUUGGGUAUCAGCGAUCGCAUCCUCCAAAACUUACGCCAACACUAUCACAUAGCCUUUGUUUUUCCUUUUCUGUACUCAACUAUACCACACAUCAUGAUUUCUUUACGAUUUGAAUGAUAUUACGCUGUCCGCAUUAUGCACAGUAAGGCAAUAUUCUGGUUGAAGCAUAUUCCUUCUACCAAGCUGAAGCUUUUACUUCUCCCUCUCAUGAAAGAGAGGGGGGCUUGACACAAUCAAUCUCACCAUCUUAUGAACUUUACGCCUUCUCGGAGAGCAGCAGUUUGGAGACCACACUAUUAGUAGCUAGUUCAUUUCUCCUAGCCAGAGAAGAUUCCUCGAUGACCCGACACUUUCCUUUUUUGUUUCUUUUUUAACGAGUAUUAUGAAAGAUGAACGAUUGAUGAGAUAACAAGAGUGCCUUCUUGUUCGGAUCACGGUUACGACUUUGGCAUAUCUCUUGGCCAAUCAGAGCGACGUGAGAUGAUUAGCUAUGGUUGCGAUUAGAAUCCGGCGUCUUGGCUCGGACUGAGAAAAAAAGUUUUGACAAUGUCAUAUAUGGCAAUUCUAGCGUCAGAUGAGGAUAUUCCUCCGAUAAUGUUGUUACAGACCAACAUGAUCCAUUACAAUAUUGAAAUUAUAUGCAUUGCAUUUUUCUGUGUGACAAUUUGUGUGUUCUAGUUUUUGGCUUUUCCCUCUCUUUUGGUUUAUAUUACCACACUAGACCUCAAUCCCAAAGAAUAUAUACCU